AUGGACCAGCACAUUGAGCUCCAACACCGGAAACGGGAGCGGGAGGAAAUGUCGCUGCCAGUGGCGGAAUUUGAUGUCGACGGUGAGUUUGAAACGGCCCAGCCCGUGUCCAUGAGCAUUGGCUCACUUUCAAAACGCGACCGCAACGGCUUUUAUUUUCUGACCAUGCUCUAUUACCUCCAGGGAGUUCCAGUUGGUUUGGCGUUCGGUAGUGUUCCAUUCAUUCUCAAAGAGCAUUUGAGUUAUGGUCAAAUUGGAAUCUUUUCCUUUGCAAGCUAUCCCUAUAGUCUCAAGUUGCUCUGGAGUCCUAUUGUUGAUGCAUUUUUCUGGCCGCGUUUUGGUCGUCGACGAUCAUGGAUCGUGCCAAUUCAACUGUUUAGUGCUUUGGUGCUGCUGAUUUUGAGUUUCCGUAUUGAUGACUUGCUAAAGACUGCUGAGACCAAGCUACCGGUCAUUACUGGGUUCUUUUUUGUCUUGGUUUUCGCCUCGGCCACUCAGGACAUCGCUGUGGACGGCUGGUCUUUAACGCUCCUGUCUAAACCAGCGCUUCCAUAUGCCAGUACUGCUCAAACUAUUGGUAUUAACAGCGGCUAUUUCACUAGCUUCACUGUUUUCCUGGCUCUGAGUUCUCCAGAAUUGGCCAACCGCUACUUUAGGUCGGUUCCCCGCGAUGAAGGGCUGGUGUCGUUCCCUGAAUACCUACGAUUAUGCUCUUUUGCAUAUCUAGCUGUUACAGCGUUCGUUGCAUUCUUCUACCGCGAAGAUAAAGAGGAUGAAGAUUUAGGACAAAAUGCCUGGCAAAGCACAAAGCACAUCUACCACACAAUGUUUGGUGUGCUGCAACUGGAGAAUAUGCAGAAGCUUAUUCUUGUUCAUCUUGUUGCCAAAAUAGCCUUUCAAGCCGCUGAAGCCGUCACGAACUUGAAGCUGGUCGAAAAGGGUCUGUCUAAAGAAGAUCUGGCAGUUAUUGUCCUCAUCGACUUUCCCUUUGAGAUUAUUUUUGGCUAUAUGGCUGCCAAGUGGUCAACCAGGUGGUCUCCCUUACAGCCAUGGUUAAUUGCGUUUGUGGGUCGACUUAUUUUUGCUGUUAUUUCUAUGUCACAGGUGUUCUUUUUCCCCAAGCAGGGCGCAACGUUCACCUACCUUGUCUAUGUCACGGUUGUCCACGUUCUUGGCUCGUUCUUGUCAACGGUGCAAUUCGUGUCUAUCUGUGCUUUCCACACCCAAAUUGCUGAUCCAGUCAUUGGCGGAACGUACAUGACAGUACUAAACACUAUCUCCAACUUUGGCGGUACCUGGCCGCGAGCCCUCGUGCUGGCGGGCGUCGACUGGUUCACGACGGCUACUUGCAGUGCCACUGGCGACUCUUGCACGACCGAGCCGGCCAAGCAACGGUGCCGCGACCUCGACGGCGUGUGCACCACCCAGCGAGACGGUUACUAUGUCAUGAAUAUUGUUUGCAUUAUUGCUGGAGUGCUUUUAUUCUACGGCUUUAUCAAAAGAACACUGGAGCGUCUCCAAAACUUGCCUACACAGGCUUGGCGAUCCAAAAAAAUGUAG